CAAAAUUACGUGCAGUGAACCCAGUGAGCGCAGUGUCAGCCUGACAGCAGGCUGCCCAAUGCUGUCCUGUCCAUGCCAGUCGUGAUCUUCCCUGCAGGCUCUGUCUCUCGUUGUUUGGACUCUCGAAUAGAGCCUAAAUUGGUUGAUCAUGUCUGAGUUCAUCCUUCUGGCCCCUUUGGAAAAGUCCCUGGCCCCCGCGUAGGCUUGUUCAAUGUUCAAUGAUCGGCAAUCGUUGCCUGCCGUGUAGCGGCGCAUGUGCUUACUCUUACUCGACGUGUCUGCCAUUUCGGCCCUGCUCGUCCGCUCUUCUAGGCCUCGCGCCUUCGUUGCAACCAUCGAUAAAAUUACACAAGGCUUUGCAUGCCAUACGGAUACACAUAUCUCCAUUGGAGGCAGUCUAAUGUCAGAUCGAAGCGAAGUAUUCAGCCACAGUUUUCGGCAAUCACAGCGCCCGAAGGUCGUUCUUUGUGCCCCCAGAUCUCGUGCCUGCGCCUCCGAGCCCCGGCUACACCCGGCGGCAGCCAAGUGUUGCGCCCACCGGGAAUUGUCUGCUGUUUGUAUCUGGUUUAGCUUGGUUGAACCCGUAAGAGACCCGCAAAAGGAAGUCGUGAAUCCUGAUAUUGGAGUAAUUGAAGCCAGAAGACUCGACGAAAACGCGAUAUUUUCCAAAGGAUCUGGCUCUGAAAAGAAAGACUAUGGGUUUCACUUUAAGGAUCGGCCAAACUCUGGAAGAUAGGAAGAAACUUCGGUGAGAAAGCGGGACUCCGUAGUCGCAUGUAUCACAAACUUUGCUUGCGAACGGGAGUUUCCUACGGAUGGCAACUAGCGAACAAGUCCCCUGGAAGAAAAUUGAAGUUUUAGGCGC